AAGUGGUACGCACCCGAAUGCAUAUACUAUUACAAGUUUAGCUCAAAGUCCGACGUGUGGAGCUAUGGGGUCACCCUAUGGGAGACAAUGUCCCGGGGUGAAAUGCCAUAUCAGGGUAUGGACGGACAGGAUAUACUAAGGAUGUUCAAAGAGAAUAAGCGACUGUCUAAACCGGACACUUGUCCUAUAAUUAUAUACCAAUUGAUGUGGAAUUGUUGGCACUUUAAACCUGAAGACAGACUGAAUUUCACGCAAAUAUGCGAUCAAUUGAGUCGUUAUCUCACGAAUCGAGAGAAAUAAUAAUAAGUAAAUGAAUGAAUGAAUGAAUUGGAUAUUUAUUUGCAAGGAAAAAUUUUUCUGUGUUUUCACCAUUCAAUCCAUUAUAUUCUCAAUUAUAUAACAAAACAAAAGGAC